AUGCUCAAAAGUAGCACUCCUACAAGCGCCACAAACAACAUGGACUAUAUUGACUCUUACGAUAAUACACAGACACACCAUCGAGAGACGUUGACCCUUGCUUCCUUGUUGAGCAUUGAUGUGGAAAGCGUCCCCAAGCUUGCCAGUGUGACCGAGUGGUUGGACCUCAUGUGUCGAUCGGAACGACGUACCGGCAUCAGCUUGCUCACCGAUGACCAAAAGGAGUCUAUCCGCCAAUUUGAUACAGAGCUUGUGGACGAGACUCUUCACCUGAACGUAGCCGAAUUCCUUCAACUGAUACAACGGUUGGCACAAUGUGGACCAGAUGAUUAUAUGUCUUCAGAAACAUCAUCCGUAAUGCAACCUUUCAAUUCACCAGCCACACCUCCUCCCAAUGGUGGUGAAUAUCGUCCUUCUUAUCUUGAACCACCCACUGCAACAGCAGCAGCAACAAACCCUACACGAUCACGAUCAUUGACUCCAAGACAACAACAACAACAAGCAUCAUCAUCCGCUUCUCCACGACCACAAGCAUCCUCUUCUUUGGAUCACCGACAACGCACCACCCAUUUAUUAAAUCAAGUUCAACAAAGGCUGCAACGUAGUGAUCGACACCGGGAUGAACAUGAUAACGAUUCACAUCAUGAUGACGACGACCAAGAUGCCGGUAGAGUGUCUCCUAGUACAAACCAUCCAUCCGUGUCUGAAGUAUCCAGUUUGGAUGAAUUCAAUGAUCACAUUCGCCCAAAACAUCAUCCCAUCGUGACGUUUCAAGGAACAAAAGGCAAAUCCAAGCAAGAUGACUAUUUCAUGUACAAUUAUGAGUCUGAUACACGGCCGACCACGUCCUUAUCACGUCAUCAAGGUGAUGAACGGCGAUGGCAAGAAGCUGAGCGACGAUUAGAAAGCCUGACAAAGAGCUAUGAUGAGAGAAUGGGCCAAAUGGAAGUUGAACUUGGGAACAUGCGACACGAGACCCUCAUGUAUAAGGCCACCAUCCGCGACUAUCAAGCUUCCGAUAAAGAGAACAAGACACGCAUUGAAGAGCUUGAAAAAGCCAUCGAGUCAGCCACUCUCAAGGGAAAUACACAACGCCAGACUAUUGAUGACCUUGAAAGCGAAUUGAAACUCUAUACAGACCAAACAGAAGAACUCAAGGAAAGGUUAUCCACAAAGGAGAAGGAGUUGUCACACCAUGUGAAAAAGUAUGAGCAACUGAGAUCCGACAUGGAAGAGCUUGAAAGAGCACAAGAGGAAUUGACACAGCUACGGACCGAGUUAUCGAGGCAAUACCAUGAGGUGGAAGAGCAGCGGACACGAUCAAAAAAUCUCGAGGCCGAGAAUGAGAAUCUCAAGGAGAACAUUGAUUUAUUGAAAACCGAGCUUGAUGAGUCAAGGCCAACAGGCGAUUUAUAUGGGCUAAAACCACUCCAGACUUUAGACGCUGAGUUGGCUGGCACAAUCCCCGUGAAUGGCACAAUGCAGGACAAGCUGGAAAAAUUGGCAAAUGAACGUGAUGAGUACAAGGCUCAAGCAUCAGAGGAAAGGAACCAUGCAAACGAGCUGUAUCAACAAGUCGACUCACUAGCACAAGAGCGAGAUGAAUACAAACGGGAGGCUUUUGCUGCAAUAGAAGAGGCUGGGAAAGCGAGUCAAAAAUACAAGCACUUGCAGGAUGAGAACCAACGGCUGAAAGAGCAAAUGGUCCAAUUACAAGAAAAGAGGCGUAGCAUGCGUAACAAGGUUGUCCCAGCUAGCGAUGCAGGAUCACAAUGUGACCUAGUUCCAUCAAAGCCUUAUCAGACAAUCCGGCGCCUAUCAACUCAGCUGCAAGAACAAGAAGAUACCAUCAAGCGUCUUAUUGAAACUACUCAAGAGCAAGCACUCGAGGUGGAGCGAUCAAAACGAGUAAACUGGAUGGCUAUCUUCCUGGCGUUGCUUCUUGGGAUUUUGUCUGUUGUUAUCUUAGAGGCGGUUGUUGACUGGCUACUUAUCCCGUCGACGCUUGGCAUUGAGGAUACCGACUUUUACUCGCAAUACCCAGUGUACGAACCACAAGCAGCUGGAAUUAGAAAGUGGAUGGUGGCAAUGCUAGACUUUGGCGAUGACAUGAGUAUUCUAAUACAAUAA